UCGGAUGUGACAGUAAGCCGUGAACGCAUCGUGAGGCUGGUUAGACUGGCCAGGUGAGUUUCACUGCGAUCUGGACAUGGGAUCAGUUUUCUUUCUUUGUAACUAGCCUUUUUUCAGCUGCGUUCACAUUGUCUGCUGACCUGAGAUCAGUGUUAGAGAGCGACAGCACAAAGUCAGAGUUUAGGCAGGAUGUUCCUGUCUGUUCCACCGAGAAAAAGAGACGGAGAAUCGGCUAAUCAGCAGUGAGCAUAGAGUCCCAAUGUCUUCAGCAGGGGUUGGUUCUGUAACCAGGUUCGAUCGAUUAAGGGAGAUCCCAUACUAUGACCAGGUCCCUGUGGGCUCCCAAGGGCGAGACUCAGAAUUUCCUCCACCCCCACCACUCUUGCAUGGGACAAUGCCAACAGUCAGCUUAGACCCCCUCCCACCUCCUCCUCUUCCUGAACAGCCUGCUGUUGGACCUGAGUCCCUCAACCCUUCCAGCGAUGAUGAGCCAAUAGAGGAUGACUGUGAUGCCAUGGACAUUAAGCCAGUCCACCGCUUCAUCCCCGACUCCGUCAAGAACUUCUUCCGUGGUAACAGCGGUAACCGUGGCAGCAAGGGAUGGGCCAUCCCUCCUUCUUCCCCACCUCUCCCUCCUCCUCACUCCCCAGCCUCCUCAACCAAGAAGAAUGCAAACUGUCACACCACAGCAGGAAUCCCUUGCUCACCUCCCCACUCUGCCCCUCCAUCUCCGUCCCUUCCCGGCUCUUAUCAGGACCACUAUGGCAACUCUGGAGAGGGCUACACCUCUCAGAGAGAACAAGAUCAGCUGUUACUGGGUGUCGAAGCUCUAGAAUCUGCAUCUGCAGUGCCCACCAAUUUCUCAAUUCAGACCUACCAGGACCGGGUUGAAGAGUACCACCAGCGCUAUGCCUACAUGAAAUCCUGGGCAGGCCUGCUUCGGAUCCUGGGUUGUGUACAGCUGUUGCUUGGAGCUGCUGUGUUUGCCUGUGUCUGCGCGUAUGUUCAUAAGGACAACGAGUGGUUCAAUAUGUAUGGAUACUCACAACCGCAGCUAUUUGGAGGGCUUGGUGGAGGUGCUGGUGCAUUUGGAUAUGGGGGCAGUCACUAUACAGGCCCCAAGACACCUUUUGUCCUGGUGGUGGCUGGUCUUGCAUGGAUAGUGACUGUUAUUCUUGUUGUUCUCGGAAUGACACUAUACUACAGAGCCAUUCUUCUAGACUCCUCCUGGUGGCCCCUCACGGAGUGCUCCAUAAAUCUGGUGUUGGCCGUACUGUAUUUAGCAGCAGGGAUAGUGUAUGUGAGGGACACAACUCGAGGAGGCCUGUGCAACAUACCUGUCUUCAAUAAUGGAGUAAAUGGGGCAUUCUGUCGCACGGAGGCUGGCCAGACAGCUGCCAUUGUCUUUCUCUUCAUCACCAUGGUGCUCUACUUUAUUAGUGCAGGAGUGUGUCUGAAGCUGUGGAGGCAUGAAGCAGCCAGGAUGAGGAGAGAGGGGCUGGCACAGGAGAUGAAAACCAUUGGAUCAUCUGUCCCAUUGUCUGCACUUGGCGCAGCCUCCAGGGCCUCAGAGCAGACUCCUCUCCCUACCAUCCAGCCAGACAUCAUGGACACUUCACACAAUCCAGCAGCUGCUCCACUGAUGCUGCUGGAGCCAGAGAUCCUUCGAGGUCACAUACCAGCUGGACACAUCCCCAAACCUGUUGUUAUAGCUGACUAUGUGGCGAAGUACCCCAGCAUUCAUUCAGAUGAAGAGAGGGAACAGUACAAGGCUGUUUUCAAUGACCAAUAUGCUGAGUACAAGGAGCUGCAUGCAGAAGUCCAGGUCAUGGCCAAGAAGUUUGAAGAGAUGGAUGAGAUGAUGCAGAAUCUUCCUUCCCGGCCCUCUAGUCAAAUGGAGAAGGAACGGAUCAGUAGUAUUUUAAUGGACUAUCAGAGGAAGAAAUCUGACCCAACAUAUUUGGAAAAAAGGGAGAGGUGUGAGUACCUAAAAAACAAGCUCUCUCAUAUCAAACAGAAGAUUCAGGAGUAUGACAAGAUCAAGGACUAUCACAUCCCGGGGCCUUGGAGUGUGGCGUCCGCUCCUGCCUCUUCCUUGUGUCUGGUACGUACGACGGACCGGUUAGUCCUGUUUGACCUGGUGAGGAGACCACGUGACAGACACACACCUGUAGGAGUGUCUCUUCCGCGCGCUGUGUGGGUAGAUGCGAUCACGCGCAGUCACUAUUUUUAUUGUCUUUGUUCAUCAUCUGAGGGUCACAGCUGUGUUUAUCCGGAUCAGACGGUCCAUCACACAAAUAUGCCGAGCAACAAACACAGCCAUCCAUCACACCAGCCAAGUGGUAGCAAACACCACAGCAGCAGACAUAGGCACAGCGAGCUCAUGUCCAACCCAGCCUUUUCCUACUAUCCAGGAGACAAAAUGCUUCACUUUUAUCGCUGGACAUCGCCACCAGGUGUGAUGAAGAUAUUAUGUAUCAUCAUCAUCAUCAUGUGUGUGGCUGUGUUUGCGUGUGUUGCCUCCACCCUGGCUUGGGACUAUGAUAUGAACCUCCUGGGUCUGGGAGGUGGAACUGGCUUGUUGCCAGGUUUUGGCAGCUCAGUUGGAGGCUCAUUCGGCGGCUCAUUUGGCGGCUCAUUUGGUGGCUCAUUUGGCAGCGGUAUUGGCAGCGGUAUUGGCAGCAGCGGUUCCUAUGGCUAUGGAACACAAAUGGAUCCCAAAGCUGGCAAAGGCUUUAUUAUUGGUAUAGCUGCCAUUACCUUCAUAGCUGUCCUCGUCAUAUUUGUCUUGGUUGUUUCCAGGCAAAAUGCUGCCCGCUCACCAAAGUUCUACCUAGCAACCAUCAUUAUCUGUGCUAUCUUGGCAUUUCUGAUGAUCAUUGCCACUAUUGUGUAUCUGGUGGCGGUGAACCCAACAGCACAGUCCACAGGAUCUGUGUAUUACAACCAGGUUCGCCAGCUGUGUGCCCAGUACCAGACUCAGACGCAGGCCCAGGGCAUCUUCCUCAACCAGUAUCUCUACCACUACUGUGUGGUGGAGCCCCAAGAGGCCAUAGCUAUCAUCCUGGGCUUUCUGGUGUUUGUUGCCCUCAUCAUCCUGCUGGUGUUUGCAGUCAAGACUCGCUCAAAGAUCAGGCGCUGGGGCCAGGACCGUAUUCUCUGGGAGGAAGUGAAGGUGGUCAAUACUGGUCUCCACAACAGUAUCGGGGAGUGGGUAAACAAUGUGUCUGGUGAACCAGAGGUUCUGGUUAAUGACCACAAUGAUAAAGUUGGGAGAUCUAGAGACUAUCUGGACCAGCUAGACUACAAUAAGCCCCUGUACCUACCAGGAGACUCGGACAUCAGCAGCUCUGUGGGAGGCCUGAAACCUAGGCUGAAGGACUAUGAUACUGGUAUGGAAUCAGGAGAUGACCUUGAGGAAGAGGACUUCAGUGUCUUGUUUCCCUCCAUUGUGGAUGAGCAAGAGCGUCUGAGCUACAAACGGGAGUUUGACCGGGAUCACCAUGAGUACAAAGGCCUGCAGACUGAACUGGACAACUUAAACCAGGACUUAGCUGACCUCAACAGGGAGCUGGACCGACAUUCUGAGGGCAGUCCACAGUUUCUGGAUGCCAUGAAUGAAUACACCAGGCUGAAGAAUCUAAAGCAGUCAUCAGACUACCAAAUUAAGAAGAAGCGGUGUAAAUAUCUCAGAUCCAAACUGUCACACAUCAAGAGAAAGAUUGGUGAAUAUGACCGUCGACCUUGAACCUUCACCUGUGACCCUGUUCAUGUAGAAAAAGACACAAAUAUGCAAUUUCCCACCCUGCUGUUUUUCAUUGUGUGAGUAUAUCACAAAAAUAUUUGUGAUUUUUAUGGUGGCAACCUGUUGCCACUAUGUUUCUUUUUUUAAUUAUUAUCAACCUAUCCAGAUUUUCCACAAGGGCAGGGUUGAAUGAAAUGUGCAUUCUUUAUUAUUGUCUUUGACCAACUCUGAAACCUCUGCCAGUUACACAGAGAACUAUUUUGACUAACAAUGAAAGUGUGAGAUGUUUUGUACCAGUGCUAGUGAUUUUCAUGGAACGGUUAUUCUCUUUCCUUUAUAGCUUUACAAAAAAAAAAAAAAAGAAAAAAAGUUUGACAGUUUCAUGUAAAAUUAAGGCACAGCUAAGAUGAGACAUGCAUUUGUUGGCAUCAUUAGGUCACUCUCUAUCCAGUGUAAAAAAAAUAAAACGUUUGUUUCUAUUAUUAGUGAUGUGUGUAAAUAGUUGUGUUUUAAGCCUUUCUGUACUCUUCAGUUGUUUUCCAUAAAACUGUGUAAAAGAAGAACCUCUGUCCUUGCUAUUAUGGUCUUUUCUCAUGGUGGAUAUUUAAGGGAAAACCCCAGAUUAACCAAGUCAUCAUUAAUGCUCCGUGUGCUAUUAAAAUUGUCAUUUCCAGGAAAUAAUUUCACUUCCAUGUUAUUCAAACAAUCCCACCACUUUCUCCAUUUCUUUGAAUUCUGCCGAUUUUUUUUUCAAAGCCGUCUGCUCUUUGAGAUGGAAGCACCGUGUACAUGGUGCAGUUGUGAAAGUGUAACCGUCUGUAUAUUGUGCAAUGUAAAGGUUCAAUAAACAUACAAUUAUUAUCCUA